UAAUGAAUCAAUACCUUAUAACUUAAGAGAGCAGUAAUAGUGAACGAUCAAUUUUUAUUCCGGUGUCUUGAUUGGAAUACGGAGGUCCGGAACUCCUCUAUUAUAUAACAGUUUAUCGGAAUCUAUUACUUUAUUCUCAAAUAUCUGAUUAGUAAGAUUGUAUGCAGAUUUCCGGAGUGAGCAAUAUAAAAGUUUUUCCAUUUUCAGGUUUCGUAGUAAGCUGUUGACAAACAAUGGAAUGUGUAAUAAAUACUGUUAUACGUUUGAAGAAAUAUUGGAUUAUUUUGGUUUUUAUUCAAAUUGGAAUAUUUUCAAAGACAGGUUGUGAUAUUCAAAACUUCAAUUCAUUAUAUUUCCGGGUGCCAAAUAUGCGCAUGUCAAGUCUUCCAGUCAUCACAAUCAACAAUGUUCAUGUAGAAGCGUGUGCAGAACGGUGCGUUAGAGAAACUGCAUUUGAAUGUAAAUCAUUUGACAUUGACAACAAAGUUCAAGGAUGUCGUCUGUACAACGAUUCAAUCGGUGACCCGUUCAUUCAUCUGAUACCAUCAACUUAUGUUGAUCAUUAUAGAACUGCAUAUGAAAAGCUUUUUCAUAGACUUCCAAAUCAUAUAGUGACCAUAUCACAUGAUAGGAAAAUAUCCGGGAUAGAUGUAGAAAAAUGUGCACGACGAUGUGUUCUAGAAGUUUCGUUUAAAUGUCAAGGAUUUGAUUAUGAAGUUAGACUCCAGAACUGUUGGUUGACUUCAAAGACUCCAGCGGCGUCCGGAGGAGUGGUAAUACAAUAUGGAACAGAUUAUUACCAGAGAACCUUUGAUGGACCGUUUGAAAAUUUUAUCAAUUUUGGAUAUGGAACAUUACGCCAUCUUGAAGGAAUACACGUCUACAACAAGAUAAUGCUUGGAGUAAAUUUAGAAUACUGCGCUCAGUUGUGUCUGGUUGAAACUGGUUUUACCUGCUCCAGUUUUGACUACUUAUUUAAUGAUAAAUCGUGUCACAUGAGUCAAUAUAUAGCAGCUAAUGUCCAUGGUUUACAGAAUGAUUACUCAGAAGAAUCAAAAUCUAUGCAUUUUGAGGUGAAAGAUGAGUAUUUGGAAAAGUUUUAUCCAGCGCCGUACUCAGCAAUAGUUGGACAUAACGAGAAAACAAUAUCACAUAUUACACCAAGUAAAUGUGCCAGGAUGUGUUUGAUGGAGAGAGAAUUUAUAUGCAGAUCAUUUGAUUAUCAGAUCCAAGACGUUAAAUGUCUUUUGAGUUCAAAAACAGGAAGUGACGUAGGUGGUCUAACUUCACAUGGUCAUGCACAGGUACACCAUUUUGAAAUGAAACCUUAUUUAGACUGCGGAGGAAUAUUUACAACAUCAACGGGUAACAUAGCUAGUCCGAACUGGCCCAGAAAUUAUCCACAUAAUAUGAAAUGUACGUGGAAUAUAACAGUAUCAAAGUUUAAGGUCAUACGACUAACCAUCAUCCAUUUUAAUCUCGGAAAGUAUACAGACUUUCCUUGUGAUGUGGUUAAUGAUAGACUUAUUAUAACAGAGGAGUACAAACACCAGAACGAUACACUUUGUGUACAACAUGAUGUUGACACUUACACAAGUAAAACUUAUAGUAUUAGCCUUACUUUUCAAAGCAAUUCGAAACUUGAUGCGCCUGGAUUUAAAUUGUUUUAUCAGGAAGAUUGGGCAUGUGGUGCUGUACUUACAGACGAUAAUGGUGAAUUUGCAUCUCCUCGAUGGCCAUAUCAAUAUCCAUCAUUUUCAUUAUGUAAAUGGACUAUAAGAGCUCCUUAUGGAAGUACAAUAUAUCUCAGUUUCACGUCUGUAGAAUUAGAAGAACAUAUAAAAGGAAACUGUUAUGCUGCAUAUGAUCGCUUAGAGAUCUUUGACGGUUCAACAAAGAAUUCUUCAAGACUAGCAUCACUUUGUGGUAAAAAAGGAAUACAUGCAUAUACUUCAUCACUAAAUGUGUUAUCUGUGACGUUUAUAUCUGACGAUAGAGUACAAGAAAGGGGUUUUCAUGCUGUUUAUAAGUUCUUUUAUCCACCAACUACUACAGUUGAAUCAACAACAGCCGAAGAUACAACUAUUACGUCAACAGAAAAAAUGACAACAAUACAAACUACAAGCGCAACUAUUACAACUGAAACAGCGGCCAAAAUAUUCCCAUUCAAUGCCUCACACCUAUCAUUGAUAGCAAUGUUUGUAGAACCAAGACAUAAUGAUUCUCCUGUAGAUAAAUCACAACAAUCACAGAUGAUUGAUCAAACAACAGAAUCAGAAAAUAUUGCUGUUACACAGAUGGACAAGGAUUUAACAACAAGAAAUGUUCGACUGUGGCAUACAAUAAUUAUAAUGAUAAUAAUAUUCAUAUUUAUAGUAACAGUUGUGGUUGUAACACUAGUUAUUGUAUGCCGAUAUUAUAGGACUAGAAUACCAAAACGACGUAAUACAAGUAAUUUGCCAUUUACUGAGGAAAGUGAGACGUUGUACCGUCAUGAUAACAGCUUAAACGACAAUUUAGACAAAGGAUCUUCUGAAAGCAUCAAUCUUCCACAACCGAGCCCAAGUGGUCCACCUCCAGAUGUAACUUUUACUAACCCGAUGUACGUUAGAAAUCACGGUACGUCUUCAUCAACUUUAGCGUCAAGUACUUAUAUGGAAUAUACUAUAUAGUGCGAAAAAUUUCUUAAUGAAUACUGUCAUCAACGUCGACCAACAUAACGUUAAAUUGAAUCAUAUUCAAUAAAUGGAUAAGUUAAAGCUAAGGAAUUAGUUUCUAUUGGUGGACUCUGGACACAGAAUAACAAACCUAUCAGAAAUAUUAUCAAAUCUUUAUUGUAUGUUGGAAUAAAACAACGGCAUGGGAUUUAGAUAAUUCUAGGUUAGGUUUAAAUAAAGACAUUAGUGGAAAAACUGGCGAAAUAGUGUGGUGGAUUAUAUAAGGCAGAGUAUAAGAAAUAGAAACAAUAGAAUUGUGAAAACACGUCGUUCAUAGUUUACGGUUUCCUUUAAAUUAACGAAAGGAGUUUAAUUUUUAAUUCAGGUGAAAAGAUAGACAA